AUGACCGUCCCCAUCGCCAAGUCCUUCUAUGACCUGAGCGCCACCUCCUUGCAGGGGGAAAAAGUGGAUUUUGGCGUUUUCCGGGGCCGCGUGGUCCUGAUCGAGAAUGUGGCUUCGCUCUGAGGCACCACGGUGCGGGAUUACACCCAGCUCAACCAGCUCCAAGCCCGCUACCCCCGGCGGCUGGUCGUGCUGGGCUUCCCCUGUAACCAGUUUGGAUACCAGGAGAAUGGCACCAACGAGGAGAUCCUCAACACCCUGAAGCACGUGCGGCCGGGGGGUGGCUUCGAGCCCAACUUCACCCUGUUCCAGAAGUGCCAGGUGAACGGGAACGACACCCAUCCCGUGUUCGCCUACCUCAAGGCUCACCUGCCUGCACCGGCUGACGAGGCCGCACACCUGAUGGCUGAGCCCCGCUUUGUCACCUGGAGCCCUGUGCGGCGCUCCGAUAUCUCCUGGAAUUUUGAGAAGUUCCUGGUGGGGCCUGAGGGGGAACCGUUCCGGCGCUACAGCCCUCGUGUGCCCACGGCCCAGCUGGAGCCCGACAUCCAGCGUCUCCUCAAGCUGGCCAAGUAAUCCUAGCUCCAGUGUGAUCCUGGCUCUGGUGUGACCCUGGCUCAGGCGUCACCCUGGGAUGGCCCCAGCUCUCCGCAGUGACAGCCCC